AGACCUAAACCGUUUAAUAGUCCGUCAACCGCUCAACGGUAAAGCGGUUCAACGCAGCGAGCGCGCAAAGUAGCAAACGAAUGUGAAGUGUAGUGAAAACGAAUAAAAAAGCAAAUUGUGUAAAUACUGAUUUAGCAACGGUUGUAUGUUGUAAGUGACAGUGACAGCGUUUGGCGUGCAAUUCAAGUGCGAACGUUCAACGCUUGAAUUAAAAAAUUAAGCGCAGCUUUUGUUGUGAACAAAUAAAGCCAGACAACACCAAAAAGUGACGCGAAAAAAUCAUAAUUUCAGUACAAAAACGAGACUAUUUCAGUUAAUUGGCGAACAGUAGGAAAUUAUUGUUGCCCAAGCGUGAAAUAAGUGUUGUGAAUGGGCAAAGAAAUUGUGUUCGAAGAUAUAACAAAACAAAACUAGGCGAAUUUGUAAGCGAAUAAUUAAAUAUAAAAUGUAACUGUUUUGAACGUAGCGAAUUUUUUAAGAAAAUGAAGCACUAAAUACGAACUCCAUUAUUUUAAGCGAUAUUAAUACGCCCUACUUUAAUAUUUUUGUAAACUUAUAAAAAAAAAUAUGAAUUGGUGGAACACUUUGUGAACUUAAAACGAAAUAUGAACAAGUGAAACAGGUUUUUAUAUCGAAAUUUGAGCAGCUAAAAAUUAUAUUUUUGAACCAGAAAAGAAUACUCUUUAUUUUUUAAAAUUAUACUGAAAUUUUCAGAAAGUUUUUAUGUAAAAAGUUCGUAAAAACACUUUUGAACCUUAAAAAACAAUAUUUGUUCCGUCAAAUCACACAUUCUUGCGCCGAAAAACUUGCGUAUAUAAAAGAAAAUGGCUUCAUCCACGCUUGCUCACAUUUUUGCUGCAAUUUUUGUUUGCUACCUCUGCGGCACACUGCAACAAGCUCAUGCUGCCACAGAGUAUAACCGUUAUUUGGCGCAUAUUUUUCAAAAAUAUGGCACUGGUGGCACAAUUUCAUUCGAGGGUCUCGAGCAUUUGAUGUACAAUCUAGGCUUGGGACAAAUCGAAUUCGAGCCAGAGCAUACAGUCGACGUACAUCGUCCAAAGGGUUUUAAAAUAGAUGAUGAUGCCCAAUUGACUGCUUAUUUUGAGCAGAAAAAUUUGAAAUUCCAACCCACCGACGAAGAUAUGGAAGUCUUAACGCAAAAAAAUUCAGAAGAGAAAGUGACCGACGAAUUGGACAUACUCAUGAAGGAGAAGGAAAAAGGCAUUUUGUUGGAGUUCAAAGAGAUGCACGAUCCAAAGCAUAGACAUCGGCGUGAUAGUGAUGCUUCUUUGGACGCUGCGCCACUCUCAGCCAAUGUUUGCCUCUCGCCAAAAUCCAUGCUGCGUCUAGUCGUCGACCAUGAUGAUCUACACAAUCGCAAACUCUACAAGACUUACACAUCGGAUGAUGUUACGAAGGCGCACAACUCCGAAGAUGAAUACAAUGAGUUCAUCAACGAUGUACAGUUAACACCGGUGGCGUUCAUGAAACUCUGUCCAGCGCUGUUGGCGCAAAUUGAUCAGCAUGUCUGCAUACGACCAGCGCCACUCAGCAACGGCAUGGAUGCCAAGCAAGCGCUGUGGAAUGCUUGGAUAUACGCCAGCAUUUCGAUAUUCAUACUCUCCGCUUGCGGACUGCUUGGCAUUCUGCUGGUGCCGCUCAUGAAAACCGUCGCGUAUCAGGAGAUUUUGAAAUUCCUCGUUGCCGUUGCCAUCGGCACGCUAGCCGGUGAUGCCUUAAUGCAUUUACUGCCGCACGCACUGGUGCCCGAACAUGAUGACGAACACGAUGUGCAUGCGGAUGGAACUGCUGCGUCGGCGCACGAUUCACACGAAGCAGUUUGGAUCUGCGCCUGCGCUUUCUUCACUUGUAUCUUCAUGUACGUCUUGGAGCAUAUAUUGCCGUUAUUGCGGGGUGACAGCGCUGGCGGACAUGGGCACGCGCACGGACAUGGACACUCACAUGGCGGACAUGGGCAUAAGCAAGGGCACGCGCAUAAACCGGGACACGCGCAUGCGCACCACGCAGAGCAAGCGCAUCAUGUAGAGCAUGCGCACCACGCCGAACAAGCAACGACAGAAAAACCAACUGACAAUGUGCUCACCGCCAACAUCGUGCCGCCAGUCAAUAACGAUGCAAAAGAGAUUAAUAUCAUGUUGAAUGAAACGAAAAAUGAUGAAAAAACGCCGAAUCGUCCAUUGACGCCCGUAGCCUUCAUGGUCGUCAUCGGCGAUGGCCUGCACAAUCUUACCGAUGGCCUCGCCAUAGGCGCCGCUUUCGCCAGCGAUCCAGUAACCGGCAUGGCCACCGCCUUCGCCGUGCUCUGCCACGAGCUGCCACAUGAGUUGGGCGAUUUUGCGCUUCUGCUGCAGACAGGCGUGUCCUUGCGGCGUGCCGUCUACUUGAACAUUGUCAGUUCGGUGUUGAGUUUCCUGGGCAUGGCUAUCGGUUUGUUCAUAGCCGGCGCGCAUGGCAAUAUGACACAAUGGAUUUACGCCUGCACAGCCGGUUCGUUCCUCUAUAUUGCGCUCGCAGAUCUGGUGCCGGCGAUGAGCGAGGUGGAAGCGCAUGCUCACGAUGCGAAGAGCAAACUGAAGGGCACGUUAAUACAGAUAUUCGGCAUGCUGUUAGGUGGUAUUAUCAUGUUGGCCAUCGCUGUCAAUGAGCAUUCGCUCUCGGCGCUUUUUAAGUAAAAAAAAAACAACAAUAACCAUAGCAAGCGGCAAUAUUUGAUUAUGCGCUUCUCAGUUCUGUAAAUUGAGAGCGCAAAUGUGAGUUGUUAAAAACACGCAUUCCUAGACUACAUUGUAGAGUCUGCUUUUUAAUGUUUAUGUUUAAGUUUGUAUGUUUUAUGGUUCUUAAGUUUAAAAGUAUUAUUAAAUAUAUUGUAGUUGUACAAAUUAAGUUUUAGAAACGAUUUAUGAAUUAUAAUAAAAUUUAAAAUAAAUUAAAAA